AUGGCGAUGCGAGAGGGGAAGAUGAGAGGGGUAGGAUGCGGUCAAGAGAGAGCAUGUGCUGAGGCUUCGAGCGCCCAGGCUCGUCCAGGGCAAUAUGAGCCUGGAAACAAUGGCUUCGAGAACAUCCUUGCGCCUGCCAUCGCCGAAGGGUUCGACGCGCUAUCGCAGUUCGGCAACGCCUUCCAGGGAGCCUCCCAUAUCUUUCCCCUCAAGUCGCAAGAGUCCCCCAAGCAAUCCCCACCUCCUCCUCGCCCUCCUCGUCAGUCUCAGACCAUCAAGCCAGGGGAGAUCUGGUGUCCAGAGUACGACGCAGAGCUUCUCCAUUCUUUGAGGAGAGGAAACAGCCAGGCAUCGACUCCUAAAGUUCUUCCUCACGUCGUGCAGGAGCUGAAGCCGCGGGCUGCCUCAUCCACCAUGCAGGACUCUCGCAUUCACGUCACCUCCGACAGAGAUCUCGACGUCGCGGCGCUCGACUCAGGCAGGGCAGGUGCUGGUCAGUCUCAGCAGCAGUCCUCCUCGCAUCAGGGGGCUCCUUCUUCCAACGCCCGGACGACGAUGCAGACGGUGACGACCAACGAGUCGCUGGAGCAUCCGGUGAAGGUCACACACGGUGAGGAGGAGAUCAUCUACAACAUUCCCGGGCUCGAAAUCCUUCCGGACGAGACGGAAAUCUUUCAGGAGUACCAGAAUCAAGCUUGGAACGGGUGGCAGGAGGGAGUAGUACACGUAGCCACUCCCAUGCAAGAGGUUACAGAUGCUAUGGAGCUUACAGAGAAUCGGGCGGUGCGGGCACAGGCAGUAGAGUUCUCUACCACUCCCGUGCGCUUCAUGUCCCAGGUGCCCAACAUGUUCCCCCAGAGUUUAGAACCUCAGAGCACGACCAAGAAUCCCGUGAGAACCUCCCAGCUCGACCUCAGCGUCUCCCCACCUGGCCCACAGUACAUCCCUCCUUCCGAGCAGAAGCCGAUCCACAAGGAAAUCAGGAGCGAGCCUCUGAGCAUGGAAUAUCUCAACGUUCCGGCUCCAGCUCCAGCUCCGGCUCCGGCUCCGGCUCCGGCUCCAGCUUUUCCUCCUCCUGUUCAUCAGCCACAUGCUGCGAAGUGGGUCGGGGAGGCGCCGCCAGCUGGCCAUCCUCCGUCGAUGGCGAGUGAGGAUUACAUCUAUCAGUACAGCACUUUGUCAUACAUCCAGCAGAGGAGUUGCUCGAUGGUGUUCAUGAACGUGGCUACCGUGCUGCUGUUGAGCGCAGACAUCGUGCUGGUUAGCCACUGCCUUGCUGUCUGGGUUCCGAGUGAAGAGGUUUUCAGGCCUCGUCUCCUCCUUCGCAUCAACUAUUCUCCUGGUGCGAGCGGCCUCACCCUGUACAACCCUCACCCUUCCCAGAUGUUCGUUGCGAGGAGAUACCAGGCGUCGCUCGCCUGCCUCUACAUGAUCAGCAUCCUUCUCUCCUCCGGCGGCCUCGUCCUCUCGGGCUUCGAGACGUGGAUGGAAGAGGAGGGCUGGUCGCAGGGCCUCGAGCUCUCCUCCGGCGUCAGGAUUCUCCUCCGAUCCGUGUGGAUUUCUAUCAGGAUCCUCCUGCUCCUGUCAGUGAUAGACCAGCUGCUGUCCCUCGCUGACUCCUCCUCCUCCAGGGGGCACUGCCUGCAGAUCAAUUUCAUCCGCCUAUCCAACAUGUCCCCGCCUCCUCUGCCUCCUGCCCCUGCCCCUGCCCCUGCCCCUGCCCCUGCCCCUGCCCCUGCCCCUGCCCCUGCCCCUUCCUCUUCUUACGCAGCAUCAUCGAUGCUGGAAAUGCAGCAGCAGCAGAAGCAAGGAGGCAACGUGGGCAACACGAAGCAGGAGGAGCAGGAGCGGACAGGGGCAGCAGGAGCGCAGGAGCGCCUGAAGCAAGCAAGCGUCGCUCUCCCUCGCUUCCAGCAAGCGCAGCCGCCACCUCCCUCCAUGAUUCUGGAGGAUCAAACCAACAGGAAUCGAACUUCUUCCCCCUCCUCAUCCGGCAUGCAGCAUCCCAGCAGGAGCCCUCGAGGUGUCGGAGCCCAGCAACAGAACCACCAGGAUGCCCAGCACAAGAUCCAGCUGAACCUGACGCCGAGGAGCGCAUCCUCUCAGUACUCUACGUCGUCCCAGCAGCAGCAGCAGGCUCGACUUCCUUUGCCUCCUCCUCCUCACAAGAUCGCAGCCAACAGCCUGACUCCCAGGAGCCUUGACUUCUUCGCGUCCUCACAGAAGGGAGCAGGCAGCACAGCGUCUCCUCUCAGAGCCGUCAAAUCACAAGAGGAAGCCACGCGUAUGGCCAGCAUCCUCCCAACAGAUCAGGCUAGUCUCCUUGAUACUUUGUUUGUUUCCUCCACCUUCACCGACUUUGUCUUUCCCCGUUCCUCCCACUGCCCCUUUCUCCUUCAACCCUCCUAA